AUGCAACUGCCCGCUAAAAAAAGCAAAACUUCAUUCGAAACCUUUUCUUUUCCUUUCUUUUGGAUAAGCUGUGUACUUCUUGGGCUCUCGACUUGGUUCCACCUCAACCCAGCAGGACCAUCGGAUUUGCAGUGCGUCAGGAAGCUUAAUGUUUUGUCACCCGUUCAAGAUAUUUUGGAAUACGAAGAUGUGCAGUUUGACAAUGCAUUCUGGAAGACCAGCCCUUAUAAAGGAAGGCCGACUCCAGAGUUGGAAGCAAAAUGGAAGGAUCUGUGGUAUUAUGGAUCAUUCGACUUAUCGGAUGAAUAUUUACCAGCAUUGAACAAGACAUCACAUGGUACCGGCGGUGACUCCUGGGCACGCACAAAGCCAGGCUAUCUUUUGGCUGGCCUCGAAGUUUUCCACAACCUUCAUUGCUUGAAUCUCGUACGUCAGUUUGUGCACAGAUCCGAAUUCGAUUAUAGCGACGAUCCGGCCUUCCACGGUGGAGAGGAUCUUGUGCUUGCCCAUGUUGAUCAUUGUAUCGAGGCAUUACGUAUACGACUGCAGUGCUCGGCUGAUGUAACCCCGUUCUUACACAUAAAUGGCUCUCGGGGUAUUCAGCCAGACUUCAACUCCCAGCAUAGGUGUCCCAAGUAUGAUCGCAUCGUUGAAUGGGCAAAACAGCGCCAGAUCAUGGUGGAUACUCCGAAAUAA